GAUUACCAGAGUCAAAUGAAAACAUUUGAGCAGAACAUUUCUCAGAUCAACACCUGGAUGGAUUGUGCUGAAGAAGUGCUGGACGAGAUGGACAGCCAGGGCUGCAAUCUGAGAGCCCUGAGAAAGAAGAAGGCCCUUGCUCUUGCCCCACAGUGGUACCAGUUCUGUAAGAAAACAGAUGACAUGAUGCAGUGGCUGGACAAAAUUGAGAAGAACCUUGCAGAGCUUCCAGAUCCCCCCGAGGAGCCGAGAGUGAAAGCAGUUGGUACUGAGAUUGAACAGCAGCGUCCGAAGUUGGAGGACUUGCGUGGACUGGGCCGUGUGCUUUCAGAGGGCGGAGCUGCCAAGCUUGUGGAGCCCCGCCUCCUCCCGGUCAAUAAACGCUGGGCGGAGCUAGACGUUAAUUUCACUCAAGUGCGCCACAAGAGU